CUAGCCAAUCUGAUUUGUGUUGACUUGAGCGGGAAGGCUAAUGGAAAAAAUGACAUGAGCAGGUAACUGUCCUGCAAAGCUAGCAAGUGGCUGUUCCUCAAGUCUCAGGGACACAGAAAUAUGGCUGCAUCCCCAGUAGAGUACACCAUUGGAGGGGUAAAGAUCCACUUCCCCUGUAAAGCAUAUCCCUCCCAGCUGGCCAUGAUGAACUCUAUUGUCCGAGGUCUGAACUAUGGGCAGCACUGUUUACUGGAGAGUCCAACAGGAAGUGGGAAGAGCUUGGCUUUGUUGUGCUCAGCACUGGGCUGGCAGCAGGCUCAAUUUGCUAAACAGCAACAAGGAGGGAGCCCCAGAGUAGACAAGAGCCAGACAGAUACGAGCUGCGGAGAUUUGAAGAUGUCUAAUGUUAGCUCCUGUCAGUGCGAGUGUCACAGCAAGGCCAAGAGGACCAUAACUACCCCAGCAGCCAAACCUCCUGUUAUAGACCUCACUGAUUCACCCUGCAAAGACACAGCACAGCCAGCUUCUCCAGCACCUGCACAUGGCUCUGUAACAGAGGAGCCAAAGAAACCAACUAUUGCCUCUCGCUUGUCUGAGAAGUUCCAAUCUUUCCUGACUGGACAGUCCUCCUCUGACCGUGAAAAAGAUGAUGACUUCCGGCAAGAAAGGAAACGCAUCAGAACUGUGGAGCCCAAGAGCCGUAAGAGGCAGCGUCUAGAGCAGGGAGUUGUUUUCAUCGAUGACGAUGAGCUGGAGCUGGAGAAUGAGCCGCCAGGUCCUCACAGUUGGACAGCAGAGCCACACAGCCCGGCACUGGGUUUGUCUUCAUCAUGCUGUUCCCCUGAACCCUGCUCCCGCUGCUCAUGUGCUUCAGCCAAAGAUGGCAUGAAGGACAAAGAUCAAGAAGGCAAAAAGAAGAUUAGAAAGAUCUUCUUUGGCACACGCACCCACAAACAGAUCACCCAGAUCGCUCACGAGUUAAAGCGCACCGUCUACUCAGGAACACCCAUGACCAUCUUGUCCAGUAGAGACCACACCUGUGUCAACCCAGAGGUGGCGCCUCACGCCAACCGUAAUGAACGCUGCAAGGACCUGCUGGACGCCAAAGAUGGUAGAUCAUGUCGCUACUACCAUGGUGUGCAGAGGAUGCGGGAUCAGUCCACACUGCAGAGGGUCCAUGGGCUAAAUCAUGCCUGGGACAUUGAAGACCUGGUCUCUCUAGGCAAACGGCUCCGCUCAUGCUCCUAUUUCGCAGCCCGCGAAUUAAUGCAGGAGGCCUUGAUCAUCUUCUGCCCAUAUAACUACCUGCUGGACCCGAUGAUCAGACAGAGCAUGGAUAUCAACCUGGAUGGCCAGAUCUUAGUGCUGGAUGAGGCCCAUAACAUCGAGGACUGUGCAAGGGAGAGUGCCAGCUACACUUUAGACAACAACAGUCUGAUGAUGUCCAGAGAUGAUCUUGAUGGGAUGGUCAAAAUUAAUAUCAGACGCUCAAAGCAUGAGCCACUCAGAGACUUCUGCUACAGCCUUAUCAAUUGGAUCCAGGAAAGUCAGUGCCUCCUCUCAGAGCGGGGAUAUGAGAGCGCCUCUAAAGUCUGGAGUGGGAAGGACAUAGUGGGGAUCUUUUACGGCCUCGGUAUCACUGCUGACACCUUCGACAUUCUGAAGCAAAACCUGGCUGCAGUUUUGGAGAAAGAGGAGCGUGUUGGUCUCAUUAACGGUAAAGAGGACAUGGUGCAAGUCCCAACCAUCAGCUCAGCUACAUCAAUUGUCCUAAAAAGCCUCUUUGUGGUGUUGGACUUCCUCUUUAGAGAUAACUGCAGGUUUGCUGAUGACUACCGUGUGGCUCUGCAGAGGACCUAUGCAUGGACAAAUCAGGUCCCACCUGAUGUCCCUGACGCACAGGGCUUUUUUGUCCGACCUCGCCAAAGACAACGGCAGAGUGUUAAAGUCAAGACAGAAGUCCUAACGCUCAGCUUCUGGUGCCUCAACCCUGCUGUGGCUUUCUCUGACCUGAGUGGGUCAGUUCACAGCAUCGUGCUGACAUCAGGAACUCUGUCACCCAUGGGUUCGUUCUCCUCUGAACUUGGUGUUAAAUUCACCAUCCAGCUGGAGGCCAACCAUGUCAUCAACAAAUCUCAGGUUUGGGUUGGAACUGUUGGUGCGGGACCCCAAGGCAGAAAACUGUGUGCCACCUUUCAACAUGCUGAGACGUAUGCCUUCCAGGACGAGGUUGGCGCUUUGCUUCUACAUGUCUGCCAGGUGGUGGCUAAGGGUGUGCUCUGCUUUCUGCCAUCUUAUAAGAUGCUGGACAAACUGAGAGACAGGUGGACCAACACAGGUCUUUGGGAGAAGCUGGAACUGAAGAAAACUGUUAUCACAGAGCCUCGUGGAGGAGGAAAAGGGGAUUUUGAUGAACUGCUCCAGAUGUACUACGAUGCCAUCAAGUAUUGUGAGGAAAGAGAUGGUGCACUGCUGAUUGCUGUCUGUAGAGGAAAAGUGAGUGAAGGACUAGACUUUACAGACGACAACGCUAGAGCCGUGGUUACUAUUGGAAUUCCCUUCCCAAACAUCAAAGACCUCCAGGUUGAACAGAAGAUGAAGUACAACGACCAGCACUGCAAGUCCAGGGGUCUUCUCCCAGGCCAUCGUUGGUAUGAAAUCCAGGCCUACAGAGCUCUUAACCAGGCCCUGGGGAGGUGUAUCCGUCACAGGAAUGACUGGGGGGCUCUGAUUCUAGUGGAUGAUCGGUACAGGAAUAAUCCAAAUAAAUACAUCACAGGUCUGUCUAAAUGGGUCCGCCAGCUUGUCCAGCAUCAUGACACAUUCAGCAAUGCCAUGCAGUCUCUGGCGACCUUCACUCAGGCGCAGAAGAAGACAGAGGUGGCCCACACAGACAGUCAAACCCUGAGCUCUGCAUCUCCAAACGGUCACUCAACUUUACCUGCAGAGGGACAGAGUCUAACAAAGACCCCUGAACCUGAGACACCACGCUCAUGUGUGAACCUGUCGGAACCCCUGAGCCCCUCCAACAUCAGCUUUUUCUCUCAUACACAGCUAAAAGCAGAAAGAAACGAAAACGCAGAGUGUUUGCAGACUAUAAACAACCCCCCAGCAGAGCCCAGAUCACAUCAAAAAAGCAAAGCUCAGGCCCUCUUCAGCAUUUUCACCUCCAGCCCUGUCAGCACCCGCUUCAAGAAGCCAAUCUUCAAAGAGAAAACACCCCAUAACUUCAACCAACACCUAGAAACAUUGAAUCAUUCAGAGGGCAAAGAGAAAGAGCAGAUCUCUGAAAAACAAGAGACACCAGACUCUUUCAAUGAGGUCAAAGUGGAGACAAAUAAUCUGUCUGUAGAGUCUCCUUCCAGCUGUGAAGGUGAGCCACCCUCUGCUGAAGACCCUGUAGAUGAAGAGGACCAGACUAUCUUCUUUACUCCAGAACUUUUUGAGGAAGAAGAGAACGAUAGCAGUCCACUGAAUGAGACAAAGACUCCUCAGAAGACAGAGAGUUUUGGAUCCAGGCAGGCUGCAGAGCGAGAGCAGUCCUUGGUUUUAAAUGAGCAGAGUAAUAGUUCAGUUAGCAGGGAGAGCACAGAGCUGUCACAGGGACCGAAAGAAGAAACCAACCCAGAGAAGAGUUCUGAGGAGGGAAAGCAAGAAGAAAACCAGAUUAGGCAGACAGAUAAUAAGCUCCGAAGACUGUCCAGAUCCAGACAGCAAGCUUCCUCCACUUCUACAGGUAAUUAACCGCAUGGAAUAAGGGAUGCUGUAAGAAAGCAGAAUGUGUAACCAUGCAAAUAAACAGAAAACAACACUAUCAACAAAUAAAGUCCCAACAUGUUGAA